AUGGGUCGUUUACUACACUCUUCAUUCGCUCUGCUAGUUUUCAUUGUAGUUGCUCUGACCCUGCAGUCCGUGCAGGCCUCUGAUCCAGAACUCACGAAGGAUUUCCAGGUCCCAGCAGGAAUCAAUGCAGCCGAUAUCGAUGGAACGUUCUUCACCAGCGAGGCCUUGAGGAACGUCACGCCCAACGUGGCUUCACCUUUUGCAACUGUCACCACAGCUAAUCUGGUUGCUCCAGCAAAGACUCCAUUUCUCGCAGUCGAUGGACUCGGUGUUUCCAUGGCUUUGCUUCAGUUUCCACCUGGCACCGUGAACCCGCCCCACACUCACCCUCGUGGAACGGAACUUUUGUUCAUUAUCGAAGGCACUCUGGACGUGGGUUUGGUCGAUACCACGAACAAACUUUUCACCAACACUCUCUACAAGGGCGACAUCUUCGCUUUUCCCAAAGGCCUCGUUCAUUUCCAGAUCAACAACGACAAGUACAAGACCGUGACGGCACUUGGCGGAUUCAGCAGCUCCAACGCAGGGCUGGUCCGUCUGCCGAAUACUCUGUUCAAUACAUCCACGCCAAUCUCUGAUAAGGUGCUCCAGAUUUCUUUUGGCAUAUCUGGUGAUGUAGUCAAGGCAUUGAGAGCUCAAUUCGCCUGA